AUGUGGUUGCACUCGUUACAAGUGAUAUUCGCGGCUGCUUGCUUCGUUCGGUUAUCAGCUGCAGUCUUCGCAGACGAGGCUUGGAAUGUGGACUACCAUUAUGCUCUACUAGGCGAGCCGAAGGAGGAGACGACUUUCUUCCACCAACCGAACCCCAGUUCCAAAGCCUCUCUGAUCUACAGCCUCUCCGAACAGGGUGUGCUCGGUGCGAUCAACCCGAGAGACGGCUCGGUGGUUUGGAGACAGCCGUUAUUGCGGGACGAUACUGCCCAGAACGCCAGCUUUCUCCGCGCUGGCGAAGACCGCGAUGUCGUCGUCAGCGGUCUCGGGCGGCAGGUCGCAGCAUGGAAUGCUGCAGACGGCAGGCUGGAAUGGGACCUGAUUGUCGACGGUGACCUUGCUGAUGUAGAGAUCUUGGCACUGGAUGAAGGAACACCAACAACAGGCGCAAAAGAUGUGAUCGCGCUGUCAGGCGGGGAGCAUGCGGCGGUGAGACGCAUUGACGGAGCGACAGGCGCGGUCAAAUGGCGACAUCCACUAGAUGGGCCGGACGUCCCAUAUCAAGUCUCGGCCUCUGCGACCGAACUGUAUGCGAUUGCACUGCACAAAACUAUGCUCGGCUACUACAAGCUCAAGGUCAUCUCACUUGACCCUGUGACAGGCCGCAAGACUGACGAGCAUAUGCUGAGCUCAGAGAGCGAGCUUACCACUACCGACACCAUUGUGUCUGUAGGCGCAAACUCUGCAUCGCCAAUUAUUGCCUGGACGGAUUCGGCUGCGUCCGUUUUGAAGCUCAACGUUCUGGGUACGAGUGGCGUGUCGUCAUUUAACAUCGAUAAGCACGGAGAGGGCGCAGUCCGGCGCGUCCGUAUGCACGCUCCCCGUCACAGCAAUGCUCUAGCGCACUUCCUGGUGCACUACGAAUCCGAUACCGCGCACUGGGCUGAAGUCUUCCAUAUCGAUGUCAGGAACGGCAAGGUAGAGAAGGCAUACAGCUUGCCUAAAGCAGCCGGUAGAGGUGCGUUCUCUACGAGUGUCAUUGACGCCAAUGUCUAUUUCACUAGGGUCACGCAGACAGAGGUUGUGACCGUAGCCUCUGCCUCGCACGGUAUCCUUAGCAGGUGGAGCUUGCAGGGUGCCAGAGUCGCCGACAAUUCCAACUCUACUCCAGAACCCAUACAUGCAGUGUCCGAGGUGUCUUUCAAAGACAAUGCCGUCUCCGCAGUCCGUACAGCUCUGUACACUUCCACUGGCGAUUGGAUCCUGCUGCGUAACGGCAGCCCUGCAUGGACGCGGCCGGAGAUCCUAGCGACUACCAUAGCGGCGACGUUCGCAGCGCCAGCCGAGGCGGAGGCGCUCGUGAAGCAACUUCAGGCUGAAGCGCACAGUAACCCAGUACAGGCAUACAGUCACCGUUUGCAACGGCAUAUUGCGGACCUGAAACUAUUGCCUGCCAUUCUAUCCUCACUGCCACAACGGAUCAUUGAUGCCUUUUUCGGCAACAGUGCUGAAGGCGGCAUAGGGCACGACGGAUUUGGCUUCCAUCAGAUAAUUGCUUGUGCAACCAAAAGCGGCAGAGUUGUGGCGUUUGACGCGGCCAGUCCGACAAAGAUUCUGUGGAACAGACAGGUUGCUGACUUGCAGCCGGGACAAUCCUGGCAGCCAAGCUUGUACUCUCCGCGCGGUGGGGUCAUUGUUGUGCGAUCACGCGCAGAUAUCGGCGUAGAGUACAGCGCCACUGAUGGCGAGCUGCUGGCUUCUACCCUACCGGUUGCGGAGCGGGAAGUGCCAAGUUCGAAGGCCAUGCAGUACACUAUUCGCAGCGGCGGCCUUGAAGCUACUCUCGGCGAACGAUCAGCCUGGCACUUCGUACCCGCGAAUGGCGAGACCGUUAUCAGCUUGGUACCACGUCCAAUCAAUGAUCCUGUGGCAUCCAUCGGUAAGGUCCUUGGUGACCGUAGAGUGCUGUACAAGUAUCUCGACCCGAACCUGGCACUCCUGGUUACCGGACGGAACGCGAGCAGAACAGCUAGCUUCUACGUCUUGAACACCGUGUCAGGAGCGGUCAUACACUCCAGCAUGCAUACCGGUGUCGACUUAGACGCGCCGAUCUCCUCAAUGAUGUCCGAGAACUGGUUCGCGUACUCGUUCACCGCCGAGGCGUCGGAUGACUCUCCUAAGGGCCACCAACUUGUCGUUGGAGAACUGUUCGAAUCACUCGUGCCUAAUGACAGAGGUCUACUAAGUGCGAAAGCGAACUAUUCAAGCUUGGAGAGCGGCGCGGAACCUUUUUCAUUGGUCCAUACGUAUCAAAUUCCCGAGCGUAUCUCCAAAAUGGCAGUGACAAGGACUCGGCAAGGUAUCACUUCGAGGCAGCUGCUUGCUGUCCUACCAGACUCGAAUGCGCUAGUUGGCAUACCAUACGGUGUCCUGGACCCACGUCGGCCGGUGCACCGUGACCCCACAAAGGACGAGCAAAUGGAGGGCUUAGUCAAGUAUACGCCAGUGCUUGACUUUGACCCGAAAUGGUACCUCAACCAUCAGAGGGAGGUCGUAGGCAUCAAGGAUGUCGAAACCAGCCCUGCCUUAAUCGAAAGCACAAGCCUGGUGUUUGCGUAUGGUCUCGACAUCUUCGGCACACGCCUGAGUCCGAGCUUCAGCUUCGACAUUCUGGGUAAAGACUUCAAUAAGUUCCAAAUGCUGGCGACUGUUGCUGCGCUUGCAGUCGCCACGUUUGUUGUCGCGCCUUUGGUGAUGCGAAAGCAGGUGGAUCAGCGCUGGAAGCUGUUGUAG